AUGAAGGAACCCUGCAUCCGAGGCAGCGUUUUCUCUUGGGCUGUUUGUUGGUGCAUGAACAAAGUGCGGAAUCUUGCGAGGUGGGAUUCGCCAAGGCCGCCGCAGUCUCUGCCAGAGACGCCGACCCCAGCGACCCCGGCAGCCCCGUUGUCGCAACCGGAGCGGAGACCGUCCACGACAUCGUCGGAGGAGGUAUUGGCCCUCGAAGAGGCCCUUGCGGCGGCCCAGACACCGCCAGAGCCAGAGCAAGCCGACGAGGCUUUACAAGGGGGUCCGCCAAUGGCACAGAACCCCCCUUCUCCUCCAUCGCCACCACAGACGCCUGGGCCCCAGCCACAGGCCUCUUCACCUUGUCCCUCUCGUCCUCUCCCUCAACAGCCGCAGCAACAGCAGCAGCAGCAGCAGCAGCAGCUGUAA